AUGUAUCUUAAGCUAAUUAGAACAUCUACGAUUAAAUUGUGGUCUGGUGGUUUUUCUUCAAAAUGUUUUGAACAUGCCUCUUUUUCAGCUUCUUCAGAUAAAUAUUGGAAAGUCAUUGAAGAUAAGUUAUAA